UUUUCAUUUCCUGGCUAUCAUGCACAACAAACGUAAGCUAGUCUACGAAGCUACCAUGGAGCAAGGCAGAAGUCAACAAGAAGAAUAUUUUAAUGAAAACGUUUGCAUCAUUGAUGAGUACUUGAGGACUCUACUAUUCUCUAUUAUACUCUGCUAUACUCUAUUGUACUCUGCUCUGCUUUCAUCUACUCUGUUUUAGGCUUCUCUGUUCUCCUGUCCCCUCUCAUCCUCUCUCCUUUACUCCUCCUCCUCCUUUUUUAAGAUAAAGCCCACAGCCCCAUCUGGUGGUUGAUUAGGAGACCUACAUGCUGUUUUGAAUACAGCAUGGUUUGUUUGCGUGUCUAAAGGUGUAGCAGAGCACUUCCAUUCUACGUGUAUAAAGUGCUUUAACAAAUGGAUUAAAAGCUUUCAGAACAUCAGAAUGAAUGUUACUCUGAUGAGGCUUUUAAAUGACUCGUACGGUCUCUCAAGUUUCUUCAUGUAUUUGGCAAGAGUCCACCAGUUUUGACUAGAGUCUGUCGAUCUGAUGUGACUGGUGUGUGUUAUUGAGUGUGUGUGUCAGUGUUUUGGACAGGUUUGGAAGGCUCCGUGACUAUCUGAGUCCAGAGAAUGUGUUGAAUUUGUUAAGUCCCUUUUUGAGUCUAUGGUGGGUGUUUAUGUGUUUUUUUUUUGUGCAUUUGCGUGAGCGUGUGUGUAUGUUUUAGGGUUUCUAUUUCUGGGGGUGUAUUUGUGUGUGUGUGUGUCUUCAGGAAUGAGCCAGUGUUACCGUGUUACACUGUAGCUCCUCCCCCAAGCAGCUUCUCUGGAGCAACAGCUGAUAUCAGUGCUGCUUAAAGACACACACACACACCUGCUCCUGUGCACGGCUCAGUGCAGUCUCCGUCUCUGACACAAACAACCUGACUACCGCAUUCUGCCUCAAUGCUACAGCAGACAUCCAGCCGGUAAGGGGGCUUCCCCUCUCCUUUCUCCCCAGGACGCGUCACCUGCUUCUGGGUACAGCUGGCACCGAGCCUCCUCCAGUCCUCCAGACCUCCAUGUUUCUGCUGAAAGGACCCUGGUCCUGCAAGCUGGGUCAUGGAGCUGCACUGUCUUCCCACAGAGACCCCCACCACACCACCAGCUCCUGCUCUACACCCCCCCGCCACUACUGCCCAGCCCUGGCCCAGAGAGGGGGGCGGAGGGAGAGGCGGGGCCUCUGUCCCGCUGGAAGCAAACCCCCUGACCCCUCCCUCGCUGGCCGGACCCCAGCUGGGGCUGUGGUUCCCACACUGGGCUGGGGGUCUGGGGGAGGGUCUGGCCUGCAUCCAGACCCCCAAGGGCUGGGUGUGAACACAGCAGAGAGUGGAAGAGAGAGAGAGGAAGGAGGAAAAGGAGAGGAGGAGAGACAAGGGAGUGCGGACAUCAAUUGGGAGGAAAACCAGAGUGCCCUCUCAGUUUACGACAACCUCGUUGCCGUGACGCCCGUCCAGGACACUUACCUGGAAACCGUUGACAUGGAAACCAGCGCCACCCCAGCGGUGGGUUUUCCGGACGUCCAGGUUUCGGCUCUGCUGGACGAUGGGGCGGUCAGCGAGGCCAGCAGCUCCUGGUCCUCCUGUGAGAUACUGCUGGCAGGAAGCAGUGCCAGCAACAGACCUAACCAGGACCAGGACCGGGACCGGGACCGGGACCGGGACCGGGACCGGGACCGGGACCAGGACCAGGACCAGGACCAGGACCAGGACCAGGACCAGGACCAGGACCAGGACCAGGACUUGGACCCAGUGUCACCUGUGGACCCCAUCCCCCCCGUCACUCUGGGCAUGCCCCCGCCCCUGCCCCUGGCAGACCCUUCGGCCAGCGCCCUCCGCAGCCUCCUCACCAGCCUGCACCAGCAGAUAGGGAGACAGAGAGAAGAGUACGAGGCUCGCAUACACAGUCUGGAGCAGAGGAACGAGGCCCUUCAGGGGGAGGUUCAGGGGCUGAGGGCCAACCUGUCCCAGCAGCAGAGCUGGUAUCGGGCAGUCCAGUCCAGGAUCGAAGAGUGCGAGCGUGCCCGCGGCGCGGCCGAGCAGAGGAAUGGAGAGCUGCAGAGGGAGAUGGAGCAGUUCCUGGACACCUUCGGAGAGCUCAACCACGAGGCCAAGAAGACGGAGAGCAUCGUCAGGGGCUUCUGAGACCCCCCCCCCCCCCACACACACACACACGGACGGCGUAGCGGUACACACUCACUGAUUUGUAACUCUCUCUCUCUACCCGUGUGUACGACAUGUUAUGAACUGUGACUUAUCACAGGCUGGAGAUGUCUUUAUUAGUGGGGGGGGUACAGAUGAAAUGGGGGGGUGUGGGGGGGGGGGGGGUGUUUUCAAUCACACAGGACAUCCUGGAAAGGAUACAUUAAUAGUGAUGAUGAAAACCAAGCAUGAAAUGUGGAGUGUUUACAACACGGCGCUCCGACAUGGUCAAAAAACAAGAUUGGCCUAAGCACACAGUUUAGCUCAGUCCUUGUCCAACAGGAUUCAGGGAGAGAGUGAGUCAGCCAAUCCCCUGGUCAUUUAAGGCAUGAUGGAUGAAUAAGGUUGUCAUGGUUUCCGAGAAAGAAAACAUUGUCUAGUGAUGUUCUGUCCUCACAUCUCUGACCAAUCACAGCUCGACAGUCCACCUGCUUCCUUCAUUCUCUAUGGGUUCUUGGAACUUUCCAGAAAGUCCAGAAUUCCACAGAGGGUUCUAGAGAACAUUCAGUGUAGUUCCUCUGCUUCCAGGUCCAGGUGCUUCACAGGAUUGGCCGAGGCCUGGCCAUGUGAUUGUCCUGUGAGAUGACGAUGAAGGCAACACAGUACACUGGUGUAUACACACACACACACACACUUCUUACAAGAGAAAAGCAAAACAUAAAAAUCAAAAAAAAUCUUUCAGAAUAAAUGACCACGUUACUGGAAGGGGGAACAUCUCUCCAACAGUAUGAAGAGGAUCUGGUAGACCUCCAUGCAGCUUUAACAAUACUACUUCUAUCUGACUGUGUUAAAUGUGUUAACAUUCUAACAUGCCUCACCUUAUAAUUGUUCCAAGGAGUUCUAGAACUAAUGGAAUAGUCCGGAGGAGGUCUGUGUUCUGUGGUCACGGGGGCCAUACAUGGUUAUCAAAUGUGUGCAACACUUUGCAAGAAAACAAAAAAAUGAA